GCCGCUUCCACGACUACGCCAAAUUCGAACUUCAAAACGAUAAAAAAGCGGGUCUGUCUCGCACAGGCUUCCUCUACCAACGUUAUGCCUAUACAUUCCGAGAUCAGGCCGAUUUCUGGCAUUCCUAUUUUCUGUACGUCUACGAUUUCGUCAAGGUGGGAAAGAAGUGCAACCAGGUGAUUUCGCGCGCUCUGCGACACAUUUCGAACUCGGGUCCUCUGUACGAAGACCGUGUGCUUUGUCUCGAACUAACAAACAAACCUGUUAUGCUCUUAACCGAAUUAACGCAGACGGUGAACCAGCAAGUGCUGGGCAGUUACUACGAAUACCUCCGAUUCUACCUCGCUUGCCUCGCUUCCUAUCGUCGUCGCGUCGUUUUACGCGAAGAAGGCGCGGAAUCGGCGCUUCGCGAGUAUUGCGGGCGCUGCGUUGAUUGGCUGCGAGAACUGAACAAAGAGUGGUACGACGGGAUUUUCGAGCUGCAGAAAGCGGUGAGCCAGGUUUAUCUAACGGUUUUGCACGAAGAAGAACUCGCGUAUCGAAUCUGGGAGGGGAUUCUCAAGUUCCAUUCCCGCGAAUUUGGGUACUGGAGUGAAUACAUUCAGUUCGACCGCGCGUAUAACCAAAGCAAGCAGGCGCGAGCGCUCUACAAGCGCGCAGCCGCAGCGGUGAGCGACAAUCUGGAGUUUGUGCUGUGCGCGUGGGAGGAAUUCGAGCGGAACUUUGGCACCCUGGAGACGUGGAGCGAGUUCUCGCGGAAGAGCCGGCGAUUCCGGGAGCUGGCGAUGGAAAAAGAAGAGAAGGAACGCCGAGCGAUGGAGACGGUGAACGUCGAAUCCAAAGAAGACAAAGAAAAAGAGGAGGAGGGCGAAGAUGAAGACGAAGACGAAGAAAAAAGCGCGGCAAAACGAAAAUCGCCGAUGGAGCGCGAAGAAAUCCCGGCGAAACGAGAGAACGUGGAAACCGCAACGCAGAAGAAGAAGAUGCUGCGGGAGAAAAAGCAGGACGCGGACGUGCAGCAUCGCACAGUGUUCGUGAACAAUCUGAGCUUCGCGGCGUCGGAGGAAGACGUGCAGGAACGCUUCCAGCAGUACGGGGAAAUCGUGGAAGUGACGAUCGUGCGAAAUAACCACGGGAAGAGCAGAGGAUUCGGGUAUGUUGAGUUCUCGACGGAAGAAGCGGCGGAAUCGGCGUUGGUGGAGAAUGGGAAGAUGCUGAAGAGUCGAAAAAUGGAAGUGAAAAAAUCGGUUCCGCAGAACGAACGAAAGACGGAGAAGCAGGAAAACCAAAACACGCCUCCCGUUGUGAACACCAUUUUUGUGAGUGGACUGCCUAGUGGAGUGUCUGAGUACGAGUUUAGCGUGUUCUUUUCGAAGGUGGGAAGCGAAGGAGUGGACUUAUGCCUUAGUGUGGAAAGGUCAUAG